UGUUAUUAGUUGUCACGAAUCACAAACGCAUUUAAACUACAUUAUCCAAUAGGUUACACUAUGUGUGUAUCCUGCCCUUUAACGCCAAUGACAGCCGAAGGAUGGAGGCAGUAUUAGCCAAGUAUGAAAACCAGAUCAAUGUGUUUUCUGAAUUCCUUGAAGACUUGCCUGACACCGAUGAACCUGUGUGGGUUUUAGGAGAGUGUUACAGUGUUAAAACAGAAAAGACAGAACUCCUAUCAGACGUUCACUCGCGGCUAUGGUUCACCUACAGGAAAAAAUUCUCUCCCAUAGGCGGAACAGGCCCCUCUUCAGAUACAGGCUGGGGAUGCAUGCUACGGUGUGGGCAGAUGAUUCUUGCACAGGCCCUGGUAUGCUCACAGCUGGGACGAGCCUGGCGUUGGAGGGCAGAGGGAGGACAGCCAGAGGAGUACCAUCGUAUCCUCCACUGUUUCCUGGAUAGGAAAGACAGCUGUUACUCCGUACACCAAAUGGCUCAGAUGGGAGUCGGUGAAGGGAAGUCUGUGGGAGAGUGGUAUGGCCCAAACACAGUUGCACAAGUACUCAAGAAACUUGCACUAUUUGAUGACUGGAAUUCUCUUGCUGUGUAUGUGUCAAUGGACAACACGGUGGUGAUCGAGGACAUCAAGAAGCAGUGUCGCCAGGCAAGCAGAGGGAGCAGAUUGCGGCCCAGACCCUGUGGCUGGGGGGAACCCUUCACCUCUGGAGAAACACCAGAGCAAGCCUGUUUGCACACGCACGGGAACAGAGCCACGAUGUGUCCUCAUUCUCAAUCCCAGUCUCGUUCUGACUGGAGGCCCCUGCUGCUGGUCAUACCUCUCCGUUUGGGAAUCAACCACAUCAACCCUGUCUACAUCCAGGCCCUCAAGGAGUGUUUUAAAAUACCACAAUCCUGUGGUGUGCUGGGAGGAAAGCCCAAUCUGGCCUAUUACUUCAUCGGAUUUGUAGGAGAGGAGCUGAUCUACCUGGACCCCCACACCACCCAGUCAGCCGUAGAGUCAGAGGCUGGCAGCGGAGUGGACGACCAGAGCUACCACUGUCUGAGGAGUCCACGCCGCAUGAAGAUCACCAACCUGGACCCCUCUGUGGCCCUGGGAUUUUUUUGUAAGAGUGAGGGUGACUUUGACAGUUGGUGUAACCUGGUCCAGCAGGAGAUCCAGAUGAAGAGGAACCUGCGGAUGUUUGAGCUGGUGGAGAAUCACCCGCCCCACUGGCCCCCCUUCGUUCCUCCCACCAAACCAGAGGUUCAGACCACAGGGGCAGAGUUCAUCGAAUCGUCCGACAAGCUGUUUGAGUCUGAAGAGGAGUUUGAGAUCCUUAACGUGUGACCAGCUCCCCCUCCCCUCCGCCCAGUCCAGCGGAUGAUGGCGAUUGGGUUGAUUCCCUUGGCCACCACCUUCCAUACUGUGCUGUAGAAGUGCCUCAGAACAACACCAAGCAUUAACUGCUUACCACUUUGCAAAAAAAAAGAUAAGAAAAUAUUCUGGACAAUAACUCAUAACAAAGUGAGCAAAUGAAGGCAGAAACGUGAUGUACACCGUAAAUACAAGCUGGCACUGUCUCAUUUUGAUGUUGUAACUAGGAAACAAAGCCAGGGUCCUACAGUAGGUGAAGACAGGGGUGAGGAUGAUAUCUCCUCAUUACACACUACCUCCUGACGCCAGGAGACAGCAAAUAUGCAGACACAUUUUUUUUCCCAGGGUUAAAAUACAAACAUUCAACAAAUAACUUAAGAAAAGUGCCUCUCUUAAAUAUAUGUAUGUUAUUCAAUGGUUGGAAUAAGGGGUCUCCCAAGGUAUUGGUGUGGAAUACCCCCCCCCCCAUGUAAAUAUGCCUGACAAUAAAGAUAUUUAAAUAUAUAUGAUAAUUCAGCCUCAGGGUUGAUAUUCUGUUUUAGUACCAUCUUCCUCGUGGGUAUUUCUGAGGAGCUAAAAUGGCCUUGUGCACAGUGUCAUGUGGAAAGGGGAUGUGUAGAAUAGAGCCUUGAGUGGUCAUUAGCAAAACUGGCUUCUUUUCUUGUGAUGAACCUAACCCAUCUUUUUCUACAAACCCCAUUCCACUGAUGAAUUGUUGUUCUAUGAUGGUUAUUGAUUGUCCCUGCAGCCCACUGUAUUAGUACUGAAGAUGAUAGCCUGUGGUGACAACUGAAUUAUAAUGGUUCUAGUCUUACUGGUUUUCAUCUAACC